AUGGACCUGAAGCACAGAUUCGAUCAAGGGGACCUGUUCAGAAUUGCAGAUCUGGAAGAAGAAUUGUUUUCGUUAAGACAAGGUGAACUCACUAUCACUUCUUACUAUACUAAGUUGAAGAGUAUUUGGGAGGAAUUAGAUGAGUUUAGACCUAUUGCAUUGUGUUCUUGCCUUUAUAAUUGUGAAUGUGGAAAGAAUCUUGAAAUGAUUAGAGAGCACAGAGAGCAGUCCCAUGUAAUUAGGUUUCUUCGAGGAUUGAAUGAUCAAUAUGCGAAUGUACUCUCCCAACUCAUGCUUGUAACACCCUUACCAACUGUAGCAGCAACCUUCUCCUUGCUUUUACAGCAAGAGAGACAAUUGAUGCACUCAAUAGAUCCUGAAGCAAGAAUGAUGGCAAAUACUGUCAAUACGAAUGCAUUUGAGACUUAUCAGAAUAAUGGAAAUAGUUCAAUUAGAGGAAGAGGUAGGGGCCGUGGGGGCAGAGGUAAAGGACAUGGCCGAGGAACACCAAAAUUAUGCUCUCACUGUGGUAAGACUGGUCACCUAGUAGACACUUGUUAUUACAAGCAUGGAUUCCCACCACACAUGCAAAGGAAUCAAUUCAAAGGGAAUACUGAUGGCCCAAGUGCCAUGAACUCAGUAAAUUCCAUAACUACUGCGAGUAAUGAAGAGAGCAGCAUUGAACCUUUAAUCCAGAAGGAUGAAAGAGUCAGUCUUGAUGGGUUGUUUUCGGAUAAGCAAAAAGAAGCCAUAUUUGCCUUGUUCCAACAACAAUGUAGUGACCCCUCAAAUAAUGGAAAUUUGGCAUCUGUACAUGCACCAUCCGCAGGUACCUUCUAUCUUUUAUCAAUUUCCAGCCAUAUUUUAAAUUGUCAUGACUGGAUUUUGGAUACAAGAGCUAGUGCUCAUGUGUCAUUCUCACUCGAUUUCUUUCAAUCCGUUAAAACAAUAAAACUUGUUCAAGUCAUAAUGCCAAAUGGUUCUAAAGUUGUCACAACCAUUUGUGGGACAAUUUUCUUUUCAGCAAGUUUCUACUUCACUGAUGUCUUAUAUAUCCCUACUUUCAAGUAUAAUCUCAUUUCAAUUUCAAAAGCAGCUGAUGCACUUUCUUGUUCCUUUUUGUUCAAUGCACAUGAUUGUGAGAUUCGGGAGCGACUUACCUUGAAGACGAUUGGAGUUGCUGAUCAAAAGGGGGGAUUGUAUACAAUGCGGAUCAAACCUGUUUUGGCAGCAGCACCGGAACUAAUGCAUACAAUAAAGGGUGAUGUAGCUAAAUCUGUGCCUCUUGUACACACACACAAUAUCAUUCAUACAUUAGAUGAUGCAACACUUUGGCAUCAUCAUUUAGGACAUAUCUCAUGUAAUAAGAUACAACAAAUGAAAGUUGCAUAUCCAUUCAUUACAUAUCAUAAUAGUGAUGUACCAUGUUCUCCAUGUCACUAUGCAAAGCAGAAACGUUUGCCUUUUAAUGAAAGUCACACCAGAUCUGAAAAUGUUUUUGAUCUAGUGCACAUGGACAUUUAG